CUAUCUCUGGUGGCGCCUGUUUCGUUUUGUUAUUGUUUUGACUUUUUGGCGGUAAAGUUUGGUUGACUAGUAUCGAAUUUGAUGGUGUGAUUGUUGUGUAAUCACAAUGUACAAAUCUAGAAAACGAAGGACCGUGUCGUCAGAUUCUUCGAGUUCUCCUCUACCCAAACAAGCCUCAGUUGUUGUGGAGAAGUCAAAACAAAUUAAGUCAUAUUUUGAUGAUACAGUGUCAUCGUGUGGUUUCGUAUUUGGCGUGGGAAACAAACCAAACGGCUUAGCAUGUGAUCAAGCUGUCUUUGCGUACAAACUGAAGAACAAACUUCAACAACAUCAUUCAUUCCCAAGCAACAUUGAUGAAUUCGUGGAAAAUUUGGAAACCUUCAUUAACAAUGAGGCAGACUUGAAGAAAGCUUUAACAGAUACUGAGACUACGGAGGACUGUGAAACCACAAGAGGAAAUGUUCAAGCUAGUCUGCUACAACUGUUGCUGACAGUUGAUUGCAUCCAGGCACGUGUGAUGAAACUUCUAUUUGAAAAACUAUUAGAAUUUUCAUUUGCUGCUGAAAGUGCCUCCAAUGAAGAUGAGUUUCCCUGGGCACGUCUUAUUUUGCGUCAGAUGCGUUUCUUAGACAACAUAGUGGACCCAAAAUUCCUUAGCACACAACUUGCUGAGGUUCUGGAUGCUGCACAGACUGCGGUCCAAAGAGAAGUUAUAUUCUGCCUUCCGGACAUCAUCUGUGAUGAACAGCACGAUGAAAUUGCACAGAAGCUGAGCUCACUUCUAGUGGAGAAAUCAGAACUCACUCCUGUUAUACUGGAUGCUUUGAGCUGCCUCUCUGUGGCUCCAGAUAUAAGAGCCGAGGUGGUUGACCAAGUUCUGACAGUUCUGCGUACCGCCCCUACAGAAUUCUUCCCCAAUGUAGUUAAGUUUCUCCAUGUAGAUGCUUCAGCUACUGAUUUGCCACAGAUAGUUUCAGGGCUUCGUAAAGGACUGGAUUUUACUCCUCUGCAUGGUGACACUGAAGCUGCUGAGAGUGCUAAAGUAUUAACAGUGACAGCUUUGCGAGAUGCAUUUCUCCUGUCAAAAGUUGUGGCUGAUGGAUGGUUAAAAGUUAUAGAGUCAGCAUUGGAUCCUGUUCCAUUGGACAUCGUUGUGUUGGUAGUCAUUCAUGCUGCCUUGCCUUCACGUCAGAGACUUGUGGAGCUGCGCGUUCGAUCUAAGAUCAAAUCGGGCGUCUUCAGCGAGGCUCUGCUUAAAAAGACAUUCACAACCAUGAAUGCGGUUUUGAGAAACUUCCAUGACUCCCUACUGACCAUUGCAUCAACACUGCUCCAGACAGCUGAUAGUGCUGCAUCAAGUCAUGCUUCUUAUUGGUUCAGGCUUCUCUUGCUUCAUUUCGGUGGACACUUUGCUCAGGAAACUGUACUAAAGUUAAUGAUACUCACUUGUGCAGACAACAGAACAAGUUCUCGCCUGGGUCUUGAUGUGCUGUCAUCAUUAGUUCGUGACUGUGCUGAAUGUCUUCUGCCAAACCGAUUGCUGUUGUUGAAUCUUCUCCACAAAUUGACGAAAUUUGACUUGGGACAGGUUGAACAAGUUAUGGAUGUUUUAUGUCAGCUUGCCUAUAACCCACAGCAAGAUGGCAAUGAUCUCUUUCAAGAUGAGAUUCAUAUGGUCAUUUGUAAGAAGGUGUCCAGCUCCACAAUAUUGGAUAAGAAGAAAGGUGUUAUUGGUGCUGUGAUGGCAGCGAAGGCUAUUGCAAGUCGAACUACUAAUAUUAGCCAGAACUCUUCAUCCCUUUCAUCAGAUGAUUUAAGCCAAGGGACAAUGAGAAACGCCAUUGAAUUGAUGGAUCUUGUAAUGGCUGGCACCAAGACCUAUCCAGAGGCUCAAGGGCUAUUCUUUGAUGAAAUGUCGUUGAUAGCUGCUAAAACUCCUAACUUGGGCGAGAGUUUUAUUGCUUGGAUUAACGAGAAAUUGCUUACCGAUUUUGAAGACCAGUAUAUUGCGGAUGUGUCCGAAUUGCGAUUAGAAAAAGGCUUUGCAAUCAAAUUUGAAGAAAACAAUGGUGAAAGUGAAAUAUGCUUACCAUUAGCUCAGAUGGUUUUUGAGAAGCAACAGGCCAUUCCAGGGAAAAGGAAUCUGGUAAUCUUAAAUUCAUAUCUACGACUCUUACGGCUCAUCAAGAUGCUGACUUGCUCAGGUGUACUGGAUGAAAUUGAUGCUUUGCUUGUGUGUGGUGUCGUCAUGCCAGAAUAUGAAGAUGAGGAUGAUUUCAGGUACAUGGAACCUGAUCAGAAGCAAGUGAUACUCGAUUCUCUUUUCUACUGUAUUAAUUGGUUUAGGGAGCUGAUAAAUGCUUUUGUGCUUCAAAAGAGUGCUCUUUUGAAAGAGAAGGUCAUGGUGCGCUUGCGUCAGGUGGUUGAUCUGGAACAUCGCUUGGCUGUGCUGAUGUUAAGAGCUCCAGAGGGCUAUGAACCUCCGCCAUGCCAGUUCUAUGCCACACAGCCUGUUACUCAAAUUAGCAAAAAGCCAGCUCGUGAUGGGAAAAAACCACCUGGGAAGAGAGGCAGAAAGCGUAAAGCCUCAAAGAAAAGCAAUGAGGCAGCAGAGGAGGAGGAUGAACCAGAAGUGGAAGAAGAAGUAGCCCCAGCUGCUGCAUCAAACAUCACUUCUUCGGGUACACUGUCAGUCGAUAUGAGGCAUCACUUCCUGCGAGAACUAGAUGUCGAUGUUCUUGUUUUGCUGUGUCGACCUCUAAAUACAGAUGAGACCACAUCAAAGGACCAUCUUGAUAUCAGGACACUGCUAUUUCUCCUGCAUGACUACGUGGGAAAAUUGGAACAUUUAUAUGGUGGCGGAGUAAAAACUUGGCCAAUAAAGCCAGCUGAAACAAUGAGUCUCCCUGUGGGUUUUACCAAUGCAUGUCGACAUUCCUCCCAAGAGUUUCUACCAAGUGCUAUCAAAGUCAUGCAAAAGCUUUGUACAAAGCUGGAGACAUUUGCUGAGUACUUCCAGGGUCUUUUGGAAGCAAGUGAUGGCAUCACAGAUGCCCCAAACAUGUUUGAAGCAGGUUCAGUGGAAAGGAAACAGUGCUUUCGGCUUAUCUUACAGUCUUUGGCAAUUUUUUACUCUUGGCAUGGCUUUGAGUCUCCAGAAAAUCUUGACAGAUUGAAAGCUGCACUUAAGGUGUGUGGGCGCUAUGCUGGUACUGAAAACACGGAUGCCUCAGUAGAUAGUCUUGUACGGGCGAACUUCAAGUAUUUCCGUAGCUAUUCUAAAUGUACACUGCAACUCUCAGCUGCUUGCAGUCUUGUUACUCUUCUUCAGCGAAUUACCACAUUUUCACAUGAGAGUAAACCAGCACUACGUAAAAACCUUGCGGAGGUAUGCCGUGCAUUCCUGAACAGGCCUUGGUUUACAGAGACAGGAAGUCCUGAGACAGGAGCAGCAUGUGGGCGUGGCUUACGCAUCCUCCUCAGUAGCUACAUUUCAUGUUCCUCAGAUAAACUUCAGUUCCUAAGAGAUACCCUGUCAGAAGUAAGAGAAGAAAUUGAACAGCAUACUAACGAUGGAAAUAACAACUGGAGCCUACGAGUUUUUCCCACUGUUAAUAAAUCAAACUUCAGUGUUCUCUUUGUUCAGCUAUUCAAAUGCCUGCUGGAGGGAGCUGAAGAUGCUUUUAAUAGUAUGUCCAGCAGUGAAAAGCAGUUCAAAGUUUGGAGGCUUAUAGUUGACUUCUUGCCAGAAUUUGAGGCCAUUGUUAAAAUUCAUAGUGCAGGAACUUUGAGUGCUGUAAUUAGGAUGUCCCAGCAACUGCUAAAACUGUUUCUUAACAGUGGUAUCAGACUGAUGGAUGCUUUUCUCAGAGACAAACGAGAGGAAGUCAUAUUGCUGCUGAAAGAUUUGCAAAAAUAUAAUCGGUUUUUGCAUAAUCUCUGUUUCUAUACAAAGGAACAAAAAAAUGUAGCUGUAACAAAAUUUGUACCACGCUUGAGGCUAACAUUGGAACAGCUGAGAGUGCAGGUGAAAAGUGUUCUAGCUGCCAAUGGUUGCAUUGGGGCUUUCACAGCAGGCAACCUCCGCAAUCGAAAUUUGCAAGGAGAAGUUAUCUCGUCACAGAGCACUGUAGAUGGAGCAGAAUAUGAUGCAGCUGGACAGUCAAACCCUGAUGAUGAUGAUGGUGGUGGUGAUGAUAAUGAUGAUGAUGCAGAAGGGGAUGAGGAUGAUCCAGAAGAGGAAGAAUGUCCAGAUGAGAAUGAUGGUUCAGCUGAAAGUGACAAUGACAAUCGGAGCUAUAGUGAAGAACUGUAAACCUGUGUCAGACAACAAAUGCUUGCAUUUUAACCAUGCACUUAGGAUGAGUUCUGCUUUACAUCUGUAUAUAGUAUGUGUGAAGUAAAAUUUUUAAAUUAGAACUCUGAUUUUUAAUGAACUCAUCUUGAAACUGAUGGUGCUACAUAAAUUGUACAUAUGUUAUUUUACUAUGUUGAAAUUAAAGUUAGAUUGUUAAUAACAAAUAAAGUAUAAUUAUUAUAAAGA